AUGCUCGUCCCCUUGUUGACGCUGACACCUGCCGCGCUGCUUCCCAGCGGUUGCGGGUGUCAGCGUCACGUCUACCCUGCGCUGCGCGCCUCGCCCGCCGUCUUGCCGCUGCUUCGAGCUCCGCCGGUCCGGUGCGGUCUCUUCGACAACAUAUUUGGUGCCACGAGGCCGGACGAGGAUGAGGCGGGCAAGUUCUCGCGACACCUCGACCUCGAGCCCGGCGGCUUCCCGCUCGGCGUGCUGGUCGCGGGUCUAGGAGAUGACGCGCUCGAGGCGGCCGCCGUGGCGAUCGAGGCGGUGUGGAGCGGCGCCGAGGGCGAGCCGCUCAAGCACGUGCCGAUCGUCGCGCUCGCGGAGGGCGAUCUCGGCAGGGGUGUCACGCUGCGCAGCCUGCUCGCGGCGCUCGGCGAGAGGGACUCAGUACUCCCGGACAAGGCUGCGCGCGUGACGGUGCCGCUGGUCCUGCUCUCGGGCUUCAGCACGGUGCAGACGUCACUGGCCGUCCGCCGCCUCCGCGCGCUCGGCCUGGUCGGAGGCGCGUCGGGCAGGGAGCCGCCGAUGUUUGCGGUCGCCGUGCCCAACUCGCUCGACAAGUCAUUGCGCAUGUUGUGCGAGGAGAUUGAGGGAGACCACCGCGCGAGGCAGGCGCGGGCAAAGCCUCAGUGA